GUAAUGUUGGUCAGACUGUCACUAGCAUUACGAUCCAGUGUUGUAGCUUACUUAACCUCCGUGGUUGUAGCCGACAUUAUUGUCAAACGUAUUUGUUUAUUCUUUUUAAGGAAGAAAUAAUUUUAUUUCGUCAAAAUGACUAUGGCUAUGUUGCAACGACGAGCUAACGUGAGGCUCCCACCUGAAGUAAAUCGAGUUUUAUAUAUUAGAAAUUUACCUUACAAGAUCACAGCUGAAGAAAUGUACGAUAUUUUUGGUAAAUAUGGAGCAAUUAGACAAAUAAGAGUUGGUAAUACAGCUGAAACUAGAGGAACAGCAUUUGUCGUUUAUGAAGAUAUCUUUGAUGCUAAAAAUGCAUGCGAUCAUCUCAGUGGUUUCAAUGUAUGUAACCGCUACCUAGUGGUCCUCUAUUAUCAAAGUAAUAAGGCAUUCAAACGAGUAGAUGUUGAUAAGAAGAUGGAAGAAAUAGAUAAAUUAAAGACAAAGUAUAAUUUGAAUGAAGAGAAGAAAUAACUGCUAGACGUACCUCUGCAUACAAAAUAUCAUAUACACUCUGCGAUCAUUCUUUUGCAACAAGAAAAAUACAAAGAAAAAGUAUCAUGUAUGUAAAUAUAAGUUUAAUACUAAUUGUCAAUAAUCUUACCUCGUUGAAAAACUAGUUCCCCUUCGAUAGCUAAAAUUAAGUAAUGAUGAGCAUGAGAAGUAUUUAUAUGACUGACUGUAUCGGAACAUUAUGUGCUAUUGACUCUAGGGAGGUUUUAGAGAUGUUAGAAAAUAUCGUUAAAGUUGCUCAAAUCCAUAAAAAGGAGAAUAAUAAAAAAAGUAUAAAAAAGUUUCAUUCUAAUAAUAAAAUUUAAA